AUGACUCUGCAGCUCCAGACCCAAACUCACUGCCACCGUCUCCCCAGCUGCCACUGCCACCCUACCACCACACCCGUCACUGGCUUCUGCGCAUCAUGUCUCCGGGAACGCCUUGCUGGCAUCCGAAACAACUCUCCCACGACGACGCUUGUUCCUUCCACUUCAACCUCCCAGCUCCGCCGGUCCAAAUCCUGCUCCGGCGGCCCUAACCCAUCCUCCUCCUCCUCUGCCGCCUCCGAGCCUCGCCGUAAAUCUUGUGACGGAAGGGCUCAUAAUACCCUCCACGACCUUUUCGCCAUCGAUGACAAAAUAAAAACCCCCAAUCUCAACCACUAUCCUUCAAAAGUUGAAGCUUUUCAAGGCUUUGAAGAAGAAGAGGAAGAAGAAGGAGAGUUAAAAACGAUGAAGGAAUUCAUAGAUCUCGAAUGGGGAAGCAAAGAAACUUCAGGGAAAUCUUUAUGGGAAGCAGCUUCGGUUUUUAGCAAGAAAUUGAGGAAAUGGGGGAACAAACAGAGGAAAAAGAAGGAGAAAAUUGAGAGUUUGGUUCUUGAGAAGGCAAACAAAAGGGGAUUAAGAGAAACUCAGUCGGAGAUCGGGGAAUAUGGGUUGUUUGGGAGAAGAUCUUGUGAUACUGAUCCUCGAUUAUUAGUUGAUAUUGGCCGUUUAUCUGUUGAUGAUUCAAGGUUUUCCUUUGAUGAGCCAAGGGCUUCUUGGGACGGUUGUUUGAUUGGAAAGCAGAAUCCAAAGGUUAACAAGGAAGGGAAUGCUGCUGGGGAAGAGAGAUUGAGUGUGGUAAAAGAGGAAGAAAGGAGUAACCCUGGUGGGUCAGCUCAAACGAGAGAUUAUUAUGCGGAUUCUUUGACUCGAAGGAGGAGAAGUUUUGACCGGUCAGCGUCGAAUAGGAAGAUUAGCCUGGAGGAAGCUGAGGGAGUUAAAUCUUCGAUUUUGAAUGCUAAAGUGUCUCCUGAGACUGUUGGAUUGUUUCACGGGGCGAAGCUGUUGGUUACCGAGAAGGAAUUGAGGGAUUCCAAUUGGUAUUCUAAUAUGGAAUCUGGUUCUAAGGAUGUUGACUUUGUUGCUGCAGGGGUUGGUCAAAAAGGUUUUAAUUUGAAGAAGACAAUGGGGUGGAAAAAUGUUUGGAGUAUCUGGGGUUUGAUACAGAGGCGAAAACAGAGUGAAUUUGGAGAUAAGGAGAGGGAUAUUGGAAGAGAUGUGGGUCAUGGGAGGCUAGCAGAGUCGUUGCAGAAGCUUAGGGGGAUGGCUAAUGGAGAUGAAGAUAUUAGAGGAACUGUAGGUGAAGGGACACUGGCGGAGUCAUUGCAAAAGCUGAGAAGGUUGGCCAAUGGAGAUGAAGGUAAAGAUUUUAGAAGGGUAGCCAAUGGAGAUGCAAGUAGGAGUAUUGUAAGCCAGAAGCUUAUGCGGAGGUAUAGUGUUAGUGCUCGGAAUUCAGUCGAUGGAUCAUCUCUCUGUGGAAUGAGUGUGACUGAGUCUAAAGGCGAUGGUGAGAAGAGAAGGGAUAAUUUUAUGCUGUUGCAGAAUAGGAGUUUCAGGUAUUCUCCUAACAACCCUGAUAAUGGGCUAUUACGGUUCUACUUGACGCCAUUGAGGAGUUAUAGGAGAAGCAAAUCUGGAAGAAGUAGGCCAAGAAACUCAAACACUGUAAGUGGGAUUGUACUGUAA